UUCAUGGUGUAAGGACUGUUUUUCUCUGUCUCCGUUAUCUGAGUAAUGUUAGUGGCUGUACCACCAGCUGAAUAUAAUUACUUUUAAACAUGGUUUUUCGCGGGUCUGCCACUAUGCCUGUCAUGCGACGUGGAUCUUAUGAUUUUCUCUCUAGUUUCCAGGAACCUAGCUCGAAGCGUGUCCGCCAAAUGUCUAGGGUAGCUUCGCUAGUAGACAUUAUCUCUCCGGUGAAUCAUGUGAAAAAAGUUGGACAGGCAUUGACGAGGUCUAUGAGUUUCCGCAAUCUCAGCUCAUCACCAACUUUCACGAUUAAGCCGUACACAAAACCACAAGCCACUCCAACUAAGCGACGUGACAGCAAGCUAUGGAGUGAAACGAUACAAGGCGAUGUCAACGACGUUCUUUCCAAGAUGGAUAUCAAGAGACAAGAGGCUAUUUACGAAUUGUAUCAAGGAGAAGUGGAUCUUGUAGAAGAUUUAAAAUUAAUCAAGAAAGCCUACCAUGAUUCCAUGAAAUCGUUAGGAAUCUUAAAGGACGAGGAAUUGAAUACAAUUUUCGGGUCGCUGGCAAAUAUUCUACCUCUUCACGAAGAACUUGUUGAAUCAUUAAAAAUGCAGAAAAGGAAAGACGGCACAACAGAAAACAUAGCAACAAUUUUAUUGCAAUGGUUUCCGAGGUUAUCAGGUAGUUACGUCUCCUAUUGUUCCAAUCUAGUAGCUGCGAAAUCGCUUCUUGAUGUAAAAAAAACGGAUAAAAAAGUUGAUGAUUUUCUCCAGAGGUGUAGAGAGUCACCGUUCAGUAGGAAGCUUGAUUUGUGGAAUUUUCUUGAUGUGCCUAGGAGUCGACUUGUGAAGUAUCCCUUAUUGUUGAAGAAUCUCCUGAAAUUUACGUCACUGGAACACCAUGAAAGAGAAUAUAUUAUAGAAGCUAUAAAAGUAUCCGAGGCUAUUAUUAGACAAGUCGAUAGAAAAACUGGGGAGGCGAAAUGUCGACAUUAUAUAGACUCAUUUGAAUAUACCGAUGAGAAGCAAAUGGACCCGCUCAUAUGUAAACAAAAAGUGUUAUUGUGUGGGGGAAUCUUACGAAACAACAGAGGAACGAAAUUACACGUGUUCUUAUUUGAAGAUAUCUUUGUGCUGACAAGGCAAACGACGAAAAACGACAAGAAGCAUUAUCAGGUUUAUCGCCAACCGAUUCCAGUUAGGCAGUUGAUGUUAGGUGAUAUGAAUGAUAGUGAUGCCAAACUAAAUGGGUCGUUUCGAGGAGCAUUCACGCAACAAUUAUCUAAACACAUGUUCCGAAUCACUCCCACUGAUCCCACAUUAGGACAGGGUCAUACGCUGCAGGCUAAUGAUGAACAUGAUAAAAAACAAUGGAUGCAAUUACUGAGGACUGUAAUGCCAGCUGUGCCAAAAAUGGAGAGUGUGGUGUGACACACUCGCAGCAAAAAAAAAACUUAAAUGUGACAAUACAACAGAAGCCAAGGACGAAUAUGCCCCUCUGGUCAAACUGUAUGACCCACUGUAUAGAGGAGAAAAAAAUUAUUGUACCCUGGUUAAAUCAAUGGUUGAUAACCGGCUGUCAACUGCUGGACUGUGCCUGAGUUGACCAACCAGAGUCAGAAGAUACCGCCAGAGCAAGUACUCCAUGAAGUCAGCCUUUGCAAAGGAACAGGGAUUCUAACAUUAGACAAUAUGUGUUACAUAGGACAUAAGGGAAGAGCCAUUUGAUUUCAGGGGUGGGUCUCAAAAAUGCUGAAAGUGGUAAAAUCAUCUUGUAAUUUUAAGUAUUCUACUUUUUCUAUAAGCAUUGAAUAAUACAAUGACCCAGAGAUCGAAUUGUUUGCCCAAUAGCUGAGGGGGCUCUAAUUAAAAUUUACAUGGUUUCAAAACCAAUGUUUUUUUUAUCCUGGUCAAAGUCAGUGUCAGCGUUAAGAUUCAGCUCUGUAAUUUCAAACAUACUGACAAUCUGAGCUGCCAGGAUAUUUUUUUUUUGUCAGAAUUAUUUAUUCCCAUAUCAGAGUGUUGCAUAUAUUUUUUUCUGGAAAAAAAAUCAUGUGCCAUAUUAGGGACAAGCUGAAAUAUACAAGAGUAUCAAAACUGUAACUUUUUUAAAAAUUUUGUAAAUAUUAUAUAUGAUUACAAAUUAUGGAAAAAUCUUUUUAAAUUGGAACCUUUUAUUUUUUUAUUUUUUAACAUUAUUUGCGCACGACUCCUUCCUAAAUUCGACACUGUUCUUGUUUCCUAUCGUUCACAUUCAGGACCAAAAUGUAUUAUUGAAUUUCUGGUUACAGUUUGAUUCAGUUUGCCAUCCAAAAACAAAUUCUCUGAUUGGCAAAAACCUCAUGUAUUCAGCUUUGCUGGCCAAUAGGAGAACUCUUUACUGAGGUUACUUGUAUGAUUUCUAUUCUAUUUAUUAUAUCAUAAAGUAUACAGCCAGUUUUUCUUUUUUUUCUCCCCCCUUUCAAAACAUAUCAAGUAGUGAAAACAAAGUGUAUGUCAAACUAUACUAUUAAACAAAUUGACUUUUUGGGAUAAUGCACUACACUUAAGGGGGUGAUAGCAUUAAUAUUGCAGGGGACCAUCCAGUAUUAAAUCACUAUAACAUGCGUUUAACAAAGUAAGGAAGCAGUAGAAAUGUUUACAAGACAUGUCAUAAAUACUUCCUUCCAUGUAAACACAGAUUAUUUGAAAUUGACAUCCUUAAAAAAUAAAAUGGCAACCAUCAUUAAAUUAACAUAAACAAUCUGAUGGCUCCAAAGUCCACGGUCUGGGUUAAACUCCCACCCAGAGUAGCCGUUUACACCAGUGAAUUAUCGUACUGGCGUCGGUGAACUCAUCUAUUUACAUUUUGACAAAUCUCUCUCAGACCGUGCAUGAACUUGUAUAUAUUAUUUUUUUUUUUAUUGUAAAUAUAAACUAUGCUCUGACACUGCCUGUUU